AUGUUGUUCCCCAAGUCCAAGCGGGCCUCCGCCCCUGGCUUCAAGAUUUGCUUCAACGACAAUAGUGGCGCAGGGCACCGUAUAUUCCACCUCGAUAUCAAGGAUACCGAAGGCGUCAAGAUACUCGCGCACCCAAUGGACCAAUGGGCCAUUGCCAAUAGUUCCUUCGUUAUAUGCAACCAAGAGGAUACUCCGACUCCAGAACGCGAGCCAGUGUCCAUGGACAGCGGAUCACCAUGUGAGGCCCUAAUUUUUACUAUGGAGAAAUUGGAUCUUCUCGGAGACACGAAAUACAACGGCACGGUUGAUGUCGAGAGGGUUGCAGAACGGGUCAAGACCGAAAGGAUCCUCGAAGGUACGUUGACUCCGGAUCCUGACCGAGACUAUGAAGGCGAAUUUACCCUCUUGUUCCUAUCAUUCGAAGAGGCUCAACGGGAACGACAACCAGAUAUUGUUGAUGAUGGUUCGAAAGGGUGGAAAUUUCUGCAUGGCAUUAUCACCGCAGGGCAGAGGGAUGAGCCCAGCGAACUUCCUGCUUACCAUCCCAGCCAACGAGCAUUUCUCCUUGCUCGGAAAUUCAGGGGGGCUUUCCUGGUUACCUGUUCUAUACGAAACAUUGAUGCUUGCAGCCAUGCGGAACUCCUGAAGCUCAUUUGGCAGAUGGAGAUGACCGGAUGGAAUGACAUGAUCUAUGUCACCGAGAAGGACGAGGAGGUCCCUUACCGUAUCGAAAGCAAGAAAAAAGCCGAAGUGUUGGAUUGGGGACGUUUUGAAGAUGAUUAUGAGCGCCCACCGAUGCCAGCUAAUGAGGUUAGGACAGGCAAGAAACUUAGGAGCUUUAUCCUAGACAAUAAGACGAUUUCGGUAAGUUGA